ACUAAACAAUUAAAUCUCGGCUUCAAUCACAAGACAAAAGUUGCUUUUGCACAUAUAAAACAACUAAAAUAAUUCCCACCCACCAAUUAAUCUUCUUCUUUCUCUAAAAUAUCCUCUCUAUAUGGCCAAUAAUGGCCUUAAGCUAACCAUUUUAUUUCUUUUCAUCAUAACAUAUGAGUAUUGUUCCACUCAUGUCAAACUACCUACCUUCACCAAUACUUCAACUAGAUCAACCUAUCUUAUCAAAGAUGUUUUUAUUCUAGCCGGCCAAAGCAACAUGGCCGGACGGGGCGGGGUGAUUGACAAAAACUGGGACGGGAUAAUCCCGCCAGAAGUCAAGCCCCGCCCCGGAAAGAUUCUACGGUUAGGUGGUGAUCUAACAUGGGAAGAUGCACAUGAACCACUUCAUAUAGAUAUUGAUGUGAACAAAACUUGUGGGGUGGGGCCAGGGAUGGCGUUUGCGAAUGCGGUGUUGAGAGGCGAUCCAAGGCGGUUUCGGGUGGUUGGUUUGGUGCCUUGUGCAAUUGGAGGGAGUGGGAUAGGAGAGUGGUCCCGCGGCGGUAGGCUUUACGACGAGUUGACGCGUAGGGCGGCUGCCGCGGGGGAAGGUGGUGGAGAGAUUAGGGGCGUGUUGUGGUUUCAAGGGGAGAGAGAUACGUUGAAUAUAAGUGAUGCUGAAUUGUAUAAAGAGAGAUUGAGGAAAUUGUUUAUUGAUUUGAGAACUGAUUUGAAGUCUCCUUUGCUACCCGUUAUUCAGAGCGGUCUUGAUCCCCUCAUGGACGCUCACGAAUGGAACGAGUCGUUGGAUCGAAUCAUAUCAACGAUUGCUGAGAUGAUCGAUCUUCUCAAAAACGAGUCCCGGAGAUGGGCAACUUCACCCAUUUUUUCUACACCGCUACCGUCACCCGCUGCCGCAUCACCACCACCAACUUUCGCUCCCGUGCCUACACUUCCACCACCCGUUUCCGCCACCCCACCAACUGCAUCAAAAACAGCCUCAAAACCCGUACUACCAACACCGACAUCCGCCUCAAAAUCUGUCCCAAAACAGGCGGCCUCAACCAUACCUUUAGUCAUGCCAAAACCCACAAUCACAAUUCUUCAUACUCGGUUGAGGAAGGCUGGGAAUUCAUUGCCGACAGAGAAGAACAUGAUACUGGUCAAAGGUGUGAUAGAGAAACGUGAAUGGCGACCACCGUGGCACUUCACUACGACUUAUCCGAAUGUCGUUGGACACACCGAAUGGCGGCCGCCAUGGCGCAACAUCAAGUUCCUUCUGUGUUUAUCCUUGAGGACAAGGAUAGUUCGAGUGGGGUGGAUUGUUAUGUAUCUUAAGAUCCGGUUGAUAACCCAUUGGAUGAUCAAGAUGACAAGGUUUGAGGAUUACAGCACGUGAGAUUAAUAAACUGUUACUUAGUCAUUGUUGGUUCCAAGAAUAACGGAGGUGGGAAUGCCCAUUAUCCUUGUUUAUUUCCAUUUUAUUAGAGUAGUGAGUUUAGGUAGUUAUCUUUGUGGUUAAACCUAUAAAAUGACAUGUAUGUUUAUUGUUUUAGGAGGAAUGAAAAUUAGUCUAAAAUUCUCUCUAAA